UUCUCCCCGAAUCCAGCAACUCUGCAAUUCAAAAAUCCUCCAUUCUUUCAUUCAUUCAUUAAGACACACAAAUCGAACAAGAAAAAAGGAUUUAAGGAAAAGUGUAAGAGAUUCGAUUCAUUUCAGCACGUUGUGCUGGUAAACCUAGAAUGGAUUCAGGGGAUCUUUUUCGAGCUAGUAAUAGCUUAAGAGCAAGCAAAAGGGCAUCGGGGAGCUUCAGAAGUGCUGCCAGUUCGACCAUAUGGAGGAACACCGGAAUCGAAGCUUUUUCCCGGUCGGCUCGGGACGAGGACGACGAGGAGGCCCUGAAAUGGGCCGCCCUCGAAAAGCUCCCGACGUUCGAUCGUCUCAGGAAAGGGCUACUGUUUGGAUCGAAAGGUGCCAAUGAAAUCGAUGUUCAUAGCCUUGGAUUUGGGGACAAAAAUGAUUUGAUAGCCAGACUCGUUAAUACUGUCGAGGAAGAUAAUGAGAAGUUCUUGAUGAAGCUCAAGGAAAGAAUCGACAGAGUUGGGAUCGAUAUGCCGACGAUCGAAGUCAGAUACGAACAUCUGAACAUCGAUGCAGAAGCUUUCAGUGCAGGCAGGGCAUUGCCUACUUUUGUCAACUUCCACAUCAAUAUGGUCGAGGGAAUUUUGAAUACACUUCAUAUACUCCCCAACAGAAAGAAGCCUUUCACCAUUCUUAAGGAUGUCAGCGGGAUCAUCAAGCCAGGUCGGAUGACGUUGCUUUUAGGCCCUCCAAGUUCGGGGAAGACAACGCUGUUGUUGGCUCUGGCCGGAAAGCUCGAUCAGAGUCUAAAGGUUUCCGGCAAAGUAACUUAUAAUGGACAUGGAAUGGAGGAGUUUGUCCCCCAACGAACAUCGUCGUACAUAAGCCAGCACGAUUUGCAUAUAGGAGAAAUGACUGUCCGAGAAACGCUGGCCUUCUCCGCUAGAGUUCAGGGCGUCGGCUCGCGCUACGAGAUGCUCGCAGAAUUGUCGAGACGAGAAAAGGCAGCUAAUAUUAAACCAGAUCCCGACGUCGACAUCUUCAUGAAGGCCGCAGCUAGUGAAGGAGAUGAAGCAAGUGUUGUGACAGACUAUGUUCUUAAGGUUCUGGGGCUCGACAUCUGCGCCGACACAUUGGUCGGAGACGAAAUGAUAAGAGGGAUCUCGGGAGGGCAGAAGAAGCGUGUCACUACAGGUGAAAUGAUCGUCGGACCAACCAGAGCGCUUUUCAUGGACGAAAUAUCGACCGGAUUGGAUAGCUCGACGACUUACCAGAUCGUGAACAUGCUCGGGCAACAUGUGCACAUUAUGAAGGGAACUGCUUUCAUCUCGCUGUUGCAGCCUGCCCCCGAGACGUAUGAUCUGUUUGACGACAUCGUGCUCUUGGCCGAUGGCCAGAUUGUUUAUCAAGGCCCUCGAGAGGGCGUGCUCGGCUUUAUGGAGUCGAUGGGAUUCAAAUGCCCGGAGAGAAAAGGAGUCGCGGAUUUCUUGCAAGAAGUAACGUCGAAGAAAGAUCAGGAGCAAUACUGGGCACGCAGGGACGAGCCUUACCGGUUCGUCACAGUCACUGAAUUCGCAGAGGCGUUCCAAUCGUAUUCUGAAGGUCGGAAAGUCGGGGUUGAGCUUGCAGUUCCGUUCGACAAGAGCAAAAGCCAUCCAGCUGCGUUGGCGACCACAAAGUUCGGUCUCGGGAAGAAAGAGCUACUGAAAGCCUGUGCAGACAGAGAAUUCUUGCUGAUGAAGAGAAACUCAUUUGUGUAUUUCUUCAAGAUCUUCCAGAUUGUCGUGAUGGCUUUCAUUGCAAUGACAGUCUUCUUCCGUACAGAGAUGCCGAGGAAAAAUGUGGCGGAUGGAGGCAUAUUCUCCGGCGCGCUCUUUUUCUCCAUCAUUAUGGUCAUGUUCAACGGAAUUUCAGAGCUUUCGAUGACGAUCUACAAGCUCCCCGUCUUCUACAAGCAACGGGAUAUGUACUUCUUCCCCGCUUGGGCCUAUGGGAUUCCGUCGUGGGUCCUGAAAAUACCAAUCACGUUCGUUGAAGUCGGGAUAUGGACAUUCCUUACCUAUUAUGUGAUCGGAUUUGAUCCGAAUGUGGGAAGGUUUCUGAAGCAGUACCUGUUGCUGUUAUUAGUUCACCAGUACGCGUCUGCGCUGUUUCGAUUCAUUGGAGCAGCCGGUAGGAACAUGAUCAUAGCGAACACGUUCGGAUUGUUUGCAUUGCUCAUGCUCUUUGCAUUGGGUGGCUUUGUUCUUUCGCGAGAGGAUGUCAAGGACUGGUGGCUGUGGGGCUUCUGGUCUUCACCAUUGAUGUAUGCUCAGAACGCCAUUCUUGUCAACGAAUUCACCGGCCAUAGCUGGAGCAUGAUAGUGAAUGGAACUCGACUUGGAACUCUUGUUACAGAAUCGCGUGGAUUCUUCCCGGAGUCGCGCUGGUACUGGAUCGGAGCUGGAGCAUCCCUCGGAUUCGUGUUGUUGUUCAACACCCUCUUCCUCGCAUCUCUUACAUUCCUCAACCCUUUUGAGAAGCCUCAAGCCACAUUGUUAGAAGAAGCCAAGGAAGACAAAGUCGCUGCAACCAGCCGAGCUUCCGGUCAGGACAAUGCCGGCGCACGCGAUGGAUCAGAAUCUAUUACACCAGAAGGCAGCAACAACCAAAGUAAAGGGAUGGUUCUUCCCUUCGAACCACAUUCUAUCACAUUCGAUGAUGUUAGAUACUCAGUCGACAUGCCGCAGGAAAUGAAAGCACAGGGCGCCACGGACGAUAAACUAGAGCUUUUGAAAGGAGUCAGCGGAGCUUUCAGGCCCGGCGUUCUUACAGCGCUGAUGGGCGUCAGCGGCGCCGGGAAGACAACUUUGAUGGAUGUCUUAGCCGGCAGAAAAACCGGGGGAUACAUCGAGGGAAACAUCACAAUCUCAGGGUAUCCCAAGAACCACGCAACUUUUGCUCGGAUAUCCGGAUACUGCGAGCAGACCGAUAUCCACUCCCCCAAUGUCACUGUUUACGAGUCCCUCGUUUACUCGGCUUGGUUAAGGUUGUCAUCAGAUGUCGAUGCCGAAAAAAGAAAGACGUUCAUCGAGGAAGUAAUGGAGCUCGUAGAGCUUAACUCGUUGAGACACGCGCUAGUCGGGCUGCCAGGCGUCAACGGCCUCUCAACCGAGCAGCGAAAAAGGCUUACAAUUGCAGUCGAACUUGUGGCGAACCCUUCGAUCAUAUUCAUGGAUGAGCCGACUUCAGGGCUUGAUGCGAGAGCAGCUGCAAUCGUGAUGAGAACUGUAAGGAACACCGUGAACACGGGAAGAACUGUCGUGUGCACCAUCCAUCAGCCUAGCAUCGACAUAUUUGAAGCAUUCGAUGAGUUGUUCCUGAUGAAGCGAGGAGGAAAAGAGAUAUACGUCGGACCAUUGGGGAAGAACUCGUCGCAUUUGAUCAAGUACUUUGAAUCAGUCGAAGGAGUCCCGAAGAUCAAAGACGGAUACAAUCCCGCUACUUGGAUGUUGGAAGUCACGACUUCGGCGCAAGAACAGAUCUUGGGAAUCGAUUUCACCGAACACUACAAGAACUCAGAUUUGUUCAUGAGGAACAAGAACUUGAUCAAGGAAUUAGGCGUCCCGCGCCCCGGCACGAAAGAUCUAUAUUUCCCUACGGAAUACUCCCAAUCCUUCCUCGUGCAAUGCAUCGCUUGCCUGUGGAAGCAACAUUGGUCGUAUUGGCGAAACACUCCCUACACGGCCGUCCGAUUCUCGUUUACGACCUUCAUAGCUCUCAUAUUUGGCACGAUAUUUUGGGACAUCGGCUCCAAAUGGAACACUCAGCAAGAUCUCAUGAACGCCAUGGGUUCUAUGUAUGCUGCAAUCAACUUCUUGGGAUUUCAGUAUGGCUCGACAGUGCAGCCGGUGGUGGCCAUCGAACGAACCGUAUUCUACAGAGAAAAAGCAGCCGGAAUGUACUCUCCCCUGCCUUAUGCAUUCUCACAGUUCCUCAUCGAGAUACCUUACAUCUUUUCGCAAUCCGUGGUUUACGGUACCAUCGUGUAUGCGAUGAUGGGCUUCGACUGGACUGCUCAAAAAUUCUUCUGGUUCAUCUUCUUCACCUUCUUCUCGUUGCUCUAUUUCGUGCUCUACGGUAUGAUGACCGUAGCCGUCACUCCUAACCAGUACAUUUCUUCCAUUAUAUCGUCGUUCUUCUACGCUAUAUGGAAUUUGUUCUCCGGAUUCGUCGUCCCCCGGCCGAGCAUUCCGAUAUGGUGGAGAUGGUACUACUGGGUUAAUCCGAUGGCCUACUCCUUGUAUGGUUUGAUCAUCACACAAUAUGGAGAUAUUCAGGAUCUAAUGGACGGAACUGGGGAGACAGUGGAGCAGUUCUUGAACAGGUACCUUGGAUUCAAGAACAGCAUGACGGGAAUGGUUGCAGGCGUGCUUCUCGGAUUCGUCGCGCUUUUCGCCUUCAUCUUCGCCUUCUCCAUCAAGACAUUUAACUUCCAGAGGAGAUGAUCAAAGGGUUCUCUCCGAUCAUACACAGGCCUCAAGAUAUAGUAAUACAAAUGAUGUGUUAAAUAGUUUCUUUUGUUUUGGCUCUCUGCAACUAUUUCCUUCAUUUUUUUGUCUCGUCUUUACUUUUACGUGUAAUAAACAAUGGAUUUUCCUUCUUUACUAAACUUCAGAGUUCGUCUA